UGCCUCCAUCACUGGACCAGACUGCAAUAGAAAGAGAUGUGGAGGUUGUAGCCGGGAAAACAGCUCGGCUUGUUUGUCCUGCUCGGGCUAUACCGCCCCCACUCAUCUCGUGGUUCAGGGAAGAUUUGAGUGUUAUCGAUCCAAGCACUAACAACCACUUCAGAAUACUGAAUGGUGGACGUGUCCUGGAGAUCCUUGAAACUGAAGAAAAUGAUGCUAAAAAGUACACUUGUGUGGCCAGUAAUAUAGCAGGAGAAACAUACAGUGAUUUUAAUUUAGAUGUUCUGGUUCCACCUAGUAUUCCUAAUGAACGUCUAAAGAAUGAUAUUCGGGUUGUAGAGCGGGAGCUGCUAGUGCUGGAGUGCCAGGUGACUGGAAACCCAACUCCAAAGAUAGCUUGGAUGAAAGAUGGGGAGUUAGUGUCACCUUUGACAACACCUGGAGUGAACAUCUUGCUUAAUGGACGUCAGCUUCAGAUCAAUCGGACUAGAGUUUUUGAUGCAGGCUCCUACAAGUGCAUCGCAUCUAAUGUAGCUGGACGUGGGGAACAGGAAUUUUCUGUGAAUGUGUUAGUUCCUCCGAGUCUCGAGGGCCCAGAAACGGAUUACAAAGAAGUGGUUAUUUCUCAGCGUACGGUUUUAGAAUGUCUUGUAACUGGUCUUCCAACCCCAAAGAUCAGUUGGAAGAAAAACGGUACUAUAUUUGAACCUCCUCCCUACAUGAACCCACAAAAUCGCAGGGGUGAUAUUGUGUCGGAUGUUCAACUUAUGGACAGUGGGCAGCGUAUCCUUAUCAAUCAUGCCGGGAAUGAUGAUGCUGGACAAUAUACUUGUGAAGCCAGGAAUAUUGCUGGAGAAGUCUCCAAAGACAUUAAUCUGGAUGUUUUGGUUCCCCCUAGGAUUCAGGCCCAGGAGACAGUUGAGAAUGCCAAAGUUAAGGAAGGUAACAGCAUUGUGCUCGAAUGUGAAGCAAGUGGUCACCCAAAUCCUGUCAUAACCUGGAUGAAGAAUGGUCAGCUCCUGUCAUCUUUAUCCUCUCCAGACACAACCAUUCUCCCAAAUGGCUCCCUUCUUAUUGAUAAAGUUGCUGUAAGAGAUGGAGGUCGAUAUACUUGUAUGGCUGCUAACAAGGCUGGUUCUGCAGAGAAAGAUGUAAACCUUAAAGUUUUGGUUCCUCCUCAACUCGAGGAGACAUCACAAACAGAAAAGGGUGCAGAUACUCUUAACAAGGAGGAAGUUUUGGAGAAUCUCCCUUUCAGUCUUGUGUGUCCUGUCUCUGGAACUCCACCACCACAUAUUAUCUGGCUAAAAGAUGGAAGGGUUGUGUCUGCAGAGACUCAUCCUGGAUUGUCUUUUUUUGACAACAGAAGAAAGCUGCAGAUUGAUCAUGCUCAGAAAGAGGAUGCUGGAGAGUAUGUAUGUGUAGCCAGGAAUGAAGUGGGUGAGAUUAGGAAGAAGUUCGAUUUGGAUGUUCUGGGUGAGAAGAAUCCUAAUUUUCUUCACCAAUUUUACUGUUUUUUAAUUGGAAAGUUUCAAACUUUGUCAG